AUGGGGAGCAACCACACUGUCAAGGAUGAUAGUCCCUCGAACCGCGGUUUAGGUACUUUAGUUGGAGGAUACGUGCGUAGGAGGCUACAUCUAGGAGUACCUCCCACCGUUGAUGAUCCCAAAAGCGAUGAGAGUUCGAGUUCUUCCGAUAACCUAUCUGAUGUGCGGAAACGGACUAAAGAGGAAGUUGGCAAGGAAGUAUGUGUUGAAGAAACACAUGGCGGUGAGCCUCUGACCUGUGAAGAUGAAAGAAAGGACCCUUUGUAUGAAUUACAUACACUAUUAUGCGCCAAAGGAACGUUCUAA